CACUGGCCCCUCUCUAAUCUCUUCUGCCUUCCGCCUCCGACCGCGACGGCGCAAGCCCAAACCCUCUCGUUCCAUUCCGUGGUGCGGCGGAGGAUGGCGAAGAGCGGCGGGGGCCUGAUCUGGGCAACGGCGGAGGACCUGGCGCGGAACCGGCCGGCGGUGCUGUCUCUGUACCGGCAGAUCCUGCGGGCGCUGAACUCGCCGGAGCUGCCGCUGGGGCACGCAGCGCGGCUGGCGAAGAAGGCGGAGUGCCGCGCUAUCUUCAUCUUCGGCGCUGAGGAGAAGUCGCUCCACAACAUUCGGGACCUCCUUGACGCCGCGCGCCACACGCUCGGCCUCCUCAACCGCGGCCGCCUCCCGUAGAGGGGAACGAAGAGUCUCACGAGCUGCGAGCCUAGCUUCCCAAUCUCCAUGGGUAUCUCGCCUUUCAGCUUCCUUUCACAUGUUCUAUUGCAAGGUUUGGUUCGCCUGUGUUCGAUGAGUGGCCUAGAUUGUUGGCGUUUGUUCUUGUGAACUACUACUACGUGUCUCCAUAUAUAUUGCAAUUUACAAACCAAAAGAAAGGAAAACUUCAGUA